UGGACAACAAACAACACAACAACAAAUGCUAAUAUCAUCCACCCAUAUAGUUGCCGGUUGGCAAGUAUCGCCUGGACGCAGCUCUGGGAAGCUGAUAUUUGGUGCCAGCCAAAAGCAAAUAACAGCGACAAAACCAGUGAGGGUAGCUAUGUGGGCAACAGCAGCUUUGCUGGAGCACAAAGUGCGGAGGCAACAAACUCCGCAAAUUACGCCACCAACAUAAACCCGCCCCUCACAACUGCGCCAUUCGCACUCAGUCAAACAUACCGCUGCGUGCUUAGCAAAUUCGAUGUGGCAUUGCGUAGGGCACGCUACAAAUGUCAAGCGAUUGCAACGGGCAGUACCGAGGUGCCAGCAGAAGUGGAGAAAAACGAUAUUGAUGACGCAUUGGCGGAGGCAGUGUCCGAAGCGAUGGUGCAUCCCAGCUGUUACGGUGCCUCGGCUGCGAAAGGCGCCGAUUGCGUAAUGAAUACAGAAGUGAUAGUGCAACAGUUGCAGCAACCGGUGGCCGAUUUUAAUUUGGCGCUGCAGCAACAACAGCAAUUAAAAGAUGAUCCUCUUCGUCAUUUAGUUAAUAGUAUUAAUAUAAGUGAGACAACAACUACAGCCUGCAACGUAGUACAAAGUCAAACGCUGUACUGUGAUCAGUCAACGACAGUCGCCAGCAUAUUCGAGAGUGGCAUGCAAGCAGCGGCUUCGACAACAACAAACACAGCAGCAGAAAGUGUGUUUAACGUCACCGCCGCCAGUGCGGGCAAAGCCGAUUUUGCUUCCAGCAACAGCAAUGCUUCCAUCUUAGACAACUUUAUUUGCUAUCUGCGCAUACAAUACGAACAAAUAACCGCUUCAAUCAACCAACCACCCGCCUACCAUAAACCGCCGCAAUCCGACGCCGCGUACGAGGAAUUGCUGCCGCACAACUUGACUGAUAGCUUUAGCGCCAGCAGCGAUUUCAGCCACAACACUUUCAGUGGCGCUUGGCAGCAUUUUCUUAACGUCACUAGCAGCAGCAACAGCGGCGCCAGCGACAGUAGCAGACUGACUUCGAGUGAAUGGCUGCCGCAGUUGGGCGCUCAUCUGCUAAACGCCACUGCUGGACAAUUGAACCAGAGUUGGCUUGUUGGCGGUUAUAAUGAAUCACUCUGGUCGUGGAAUACAUUUGAUUUGCUAUCGAAUGCAAGCGGCGCUGCCAGAAGAGAUCUUAAUGCGGCGACAUUCCCACUAAGCACCACUACAACUGAAAUUCCUAGCGAUUCACUAGCUUCGCUAUGGGGGCCACGCAAUCUAAGCGUUGACUACUCGCUUGGCAAUAAGCUGUCGAAGCAGCGCGAUUAUGAAUGGAUUUUUCUCUGUGUUAUCUUUUUCAUAUUUGCUGGUGGUCUUGGCAACAUUCUCGUCUGCUUGGCUGUGGCGCGUGAUAAAAAAUUACAAAAUGUUACAAACUACUUUCUAUUCUCGCUAGCGAUAGCCGAUCUACUAGUCAGCUUGUUCGUGAUGCCGCUGGGUGCAAUACCGGCGUUUUUGGGUUACUGGCCGCUCGGCUUUGUGUGGUGCAACAUUUAUGUAACCUGUGAUGUGCUGGCCUGUUCGUCGAGUAUAUUGCAUAUGUGUUUCAUCAGCCUUGGUCGUUACUUGGGCAUACGAAAUCCGCUGGGAUCGCGACACCGCUCAACUAAACGGCUAGCUGGCAUAAAAAUCGCCAUCGUUUGGGUGAUGGCCAUGAUGGUGUCGAGCUCGAUUACAGUUUUGGGCCUCGUUAACAAGCAUAAUAUCAUGCCAGCGCCGAACAUUUGUGUCAUUAACAAUCGCGCUUUCUUUGUCUUUGGUUCGCUUGUGGCUUUCUACAUUCCUAUGCUGGUGAUGCUCACUUCCUAUGCUUUGACAAUACCGCUGCUGCGCAAGAAAGCACGCUUUGCCGCUGAGCAUCCGGAAAGCGAACUCUUUCGGCGUUUGGGUGGUCGCUUUACAAUACGACCGCAACAUAGCCAGCAGCAGUUGCAACUACACAACAAUAGUAGCUUUCGCAGCAGUAAUAAUAGCCACACUAGCUACAGCAAGUACUGUGUCAGCGACAACAAUCGCAAUUUCAGCGCCAAUAAUCAUGGCAGCAAUGAUGUCGGCAAUAGAGACAAUGGUGAUUAUGACAAACAACGGGCGCAUGGCUUGCGGCAUACAAACAAUUCGAAUUACACAAAUGGCGGCGGCGGUGGCAAUGCUGCAGCCGGCGGCGGUGGUGGCAUCUUUGGCGGCACAUUCCUAAAUUGUCGCACAAGUUUUCGACGCAGCACUAUACGCCAUUCAUCUUCGUCAUCUGUACGCAUCAAAUCUCCACCGCGUGACGCCAGCCGACUGAUGCAAUCACAAUCAGCGCAACAUAGUAGCUAUUGGCGUUCGCACGGCAAUCCAAACAUAAUGGAUAGUCAUCCCAAUCGCCGCGCAUCGGUGCGUGUAAGCGCCUCCCAACCGCAACUCGGUUACACAACGAACGGCAGUACCGCUGGAAAUGCCAUGGUUGUUGGCAGUGGAAGCGGCGGUGGCCUACGAAAGGAUGUCAUUAGCAGUAUCAGUGGUGGUACGGCUAACAACAAUAGCAGUAGUAGCGCAUUGUUGCCACUACAGCAACAACAACAACAACAACAACAGCACGGCAGCACUUGUGAGCAAAGCACCCAAACGCCGGAAUCCAUAAUGCGCGAAACGCGUCGCCACAAACUGAAAUCAUUCAAAUUCUCGCUGAACAAUGUCACAACGCCAACAUUGAAUUUACGUUUCCUGAACAAUCGCAACAAACGCAAUAGUCUAUCUGCUAAUGCUGUAGCGACCGAGCAGAAAGCUACUAAGGUCCUCGGCCUCGUCUUCUUCACCUUUGUUCUCUGUUGGUCGCCAUUUUUCAUAUUGAAUAUCAUUUUUGCCGCUUGCCCCGAAUGUCAAGUGCCCGAACAUGUGGUGGAUACUUGCCUCUGGCUCGGUUAUGUCUCAUCAACAAUUAAUCCCAUCAUUUAUACAAUUUUCAAUCGAACAUUUCGCGCGGCCUUCAUUCGUCUACUCAAAUGCAAUUGCGAACGGUAA